CAAAAGUCAAAACAUACUUAACCUAACUUAAUUUUUAAAUUGUGACUUCAAAAGUUGGUUUUAAUAAUAUCAAUUUGUGCUUUUUAAGCACUAAAAUUAUGCUUGGAGAGUUGUUAAUUUCCGUUGAAAAAUCAUGCAUCGAAGACCAAAUCAGUGCGUUACUUCUAAUUACUUCUUCAACUCAAUACCAUUUAGAUCCUGUGGAAAUUGAGGCUGCGUCCAAAGUAUUUUCCAGAAUUUAUAAAAGUUUGUAUAAAAAUGACUUCGAAACCUUCAAAGAAUUACUAACCAGCAACUCCGCUAAAAUCGAAUCGUUCACCAUAAAAAUUUACAACAAACCCUUAUGGUACGCCAUUGUGUGCAAUUCCCUGAAGACUUUAAAUCUCACCAAUGAAGAUAGUACCUCCGAUUUUUUCUUAUGGAUAAUAAACUUCGUACUGGAACACAUCGAUCUUCUGGAUAAAAAUUCUCUUUACUUGCUACGUACUCUUCAGCAAAUAUUGAAUCGAACAAACCUACUUUCAAGUGGAGCCCUCAGCUAUUCUGUUAUUCAAGCAAUGAACCGAAUUGCGGUGUCGCCUUUGUAUGGUUUCAAGCAACUGGCAUGCAGUAUAUCCAAAAUAGCAUUGCAGUUUAUUGAUUGUGAAGAAUCGGAAUUGUUCGAUAUAAACAAUUUGCCUGUUAAAGGCGUCCAUACGUUCGAUAUUGUUGAACUCUACAGCGACUCCUUUGUACAACGAAAUAUAGAGAAUAUCGCUAAGAAAGUACUGAUGAUGUUUUUAAAUCACAUAGAAAAUAAGGACGGGGGUAUUUUGUACGUAAGGCUUUUAUCAUCGUGUGCUUUUGAACAAUGGGUUAAUUUAAUCUGGCCUGUUUUUAUUAGCAACUUGCGCGAAAUUGAGUAUGAAGGGGAAUUUUUUCAGAGUUUAAUUAAAUACUGGAUACCUUUCACUGUAAAUUCUUACAAAAGCGAUUUCUAUACUUUUAUACGAGGGGAACCUGUAGCAUUACGAUUAAAGGCUUAUAUACUGCUAGAAUCGAGGAAGAAUGGCGUUUUAUUCAAACACGAGAGUGUGAUGUACAAUCAAAUAGAAACCAUGGAUUUGGCGUUAAAUAUAAUAUCGACUUAUCGAAAAAAAUCGCUUUGUCCUGGUGUGGAAGAGACGAAUUUCCUGCUAAAUUACCUUUAUUCUAACUUAAAAAGCUACUUGGAAGAUGAUGAAAUACUUUGCGUUCGAAAGUUUUUCUCCCAAUUGAUAGUUUUCGCUCAUUCAGAUUUGAAAAAGAGCGAUAAAAAUUUGGAUUUUUACCGCACUUUCGUUAGAAAAAUAUUCGAUUAUAGUCUCAGGAGUUUCAGGAGCGAAUUUUUUGAAGUCGGGGCGCAAGUUUUAUACAACUUUUUCAAUAUUUUAAAAGGGUCUUACAGAGAAUUAAAAUUGAUCUACAAAUUGGAGAAAAAAGAUAACUACGAAAAAGGCGACAAUCUACUUUUUAUCAAAUUGAACGAAGAUUUACGGAAUUACCAACACCGGAUAUUUCCAGAAAUUAAAAACUGCGUUUCAAGGAUAAAUUUCCACAGUUUAAUUUUAACAAAUUUAAUAACGCAACAUUUUAAUUAUCCUUUUAUCACGAAGGAUUUAUUCGAGAGUAUUCUCGCAGAUGCCGAAUCAGUUCCGAAUUUGCAAAAUUGCGAAAAAAUUAUCAACAGUUCAAAUUUGUUGUUCACCCAGUUUUCUUCCAAAGAAUCUUAUGAAUUAUUAGAAAAAAUUGAGAAUAUGCUACUAAAGAACCUUGAAUCAAAACACCCCGAAGAAAAAGAUUUAUUUAAAAAAGUUUUAUAUCUGGAGAUCCUCGUUGUGGCGAAACAGCGCAAAUUAAGGAUAAAACACAUGCAUAAAAUAGUGGAAAAAUGUUUGGAUUUCAUAAUACUCAUUUUAGAGAGCGAUUUUUUAUCUGAGAUCAGCUACAGAUGCGGCAAAGUCGUUGAAACUUUCAUCACCCGAGUGUUAUUUAUGAUAUCUCAAAAUAUCCAAGAAUUAAGUCCCAUAUCUAUAAUUGUUAUUUUGCAAAUGAUUAUUGAAAGAAGCAACAUGAAGAAACCCGUGUCGCUGAGCGCCGAAUUAAUGAGGCAACUUCUGGAAAAACUGGAAGAAGAAGAAUCUGGAAAACUGUUUAAAUCGCGCCUGUUGAAUCAAACGCUAGACGCUAUCGAUAACGUGCAGUCGAAUAAUAUAAAAAUAAGAAGGAAUCCCGAAAGUAGAUUAGUCAUUCAUGCUAUUUGCGUAUCACAGAAAGAUCCAAAAAAGUCUUUGCUUCAUUGGACAAUGGAGCGCCUGCUGAUGUUAAUUGGAGAUCCCGAAACCACGGAUUUAUCUGCAGCCUCGAGCUUGCAUACGAUUGAAUUGUUAAUGUCCGAUAACCGAUUGCAAAAUCAAACUUUGCGUUACAUUCCCGCCAUCAUUGUUCGAUGCGUCGAGCUUUUCAUCAGGUCUAAUUGGGUCGUUAGAAACGCCAAUCUCCAACUAACCAAAUCGAUUCUGGAAAGGCUCUAUGGUGUAUCGAUAAGCAACAAUUACAGGCCGAAAAACAUAUCGGACAUCCUGGUAUUAUACCCUUGGAUAGGAUCGUACUUUUUUAGAAUAUUAUCGUCGAAACGACUAGAUGACCGGGCUGUUAUCGUGCUGCAAUUCUUCUCCGAAUCGUACAUCAAAGAGACGUUAUUCGAGGACAAUAUCGCCGAGAUCGUGGAGUGCCUUCGGGUUUUGUUGGUGCAUAUAAUUAAGAAUUACCCGAACCAGUACGGUAAACUGGCUGUUAAGUCGUUCGCUUCCAUUUGCCCCAUUGGAGAUAUCCCGGCGGUUUUCGCGGAUAUAGCGAGUUAUAUUGCGCGACAUUUCGCGGAAAUUCCGAAGAAUAUUUUCGCGAAUUUGGCGCUGUUGAUGCAGGAGCUUCACGAGAAGUAUGAAGUAUCGUAUAAAUACCGAAUUGAUUCUAAUGGUAUGGAAUACAUGCGUGUAGUUUGGUUAAAUCUUACGACUUAUCUGAAUACUAUUCGUACCGAUUUGUUCGAUUAUUUGUUAAUAAAAGUUAAAUCGGUUAGGGAGAUUUUAUCUUCGGGAGUGUAUGAUAAAAAUAACAUGUGGUUUCAUAAUAAUUUACCGUACUUAUUUUUGAAUGCGAAUUGCGAGGAAAUUUGUGCUGUACUAGAUGAUAGAAAAUUUCUCUGUAUUCCUGAGUAUUGUCAGGUCAAAAUGCUGAGUAUAUUUGUGCAAAGGUUUGAGAACAAUGAGUUUUCUCUUGAAAAUUUGGAAAGGAUCAAGAAUGCUUUAUUUCAAGUCGCUUUAUCGAUAAGUGAUGAUAAAGUUUACUUAUUAAACUGUUACUUUAAGUGUUUAACAAUUUUCUGUGGAAAAACUGAUGAUGUAUUCGAAACGUCGAUUUCAAUUUCGACGAAUUUGCACAAAAAUAUGAUCGCCCUACUGCGUAUUUCGAAGAACCCUUCUAAUAACAGUUUCUUCAAUGCUAUAAUGGAUAAAAUCAAACGUAACAUUUCCAUUAACGAGGAUUUGGAUAACGAUAUAAUUUCAGUUUUAACAAUCAUUUACCCCAAAUUACCGAAGCAUUUAUGUUCGGAUGUGCUCAAAAUUAUUUUAUAUUACUCUUCGUUGAAUCCCACGCACUUGGGUGCAUAUCACUUUAUAUCCAAAAAUUCCCGAAAGAAUUACGGCGGUAUUUUACAGGCUAUAUGCAGUUUUUACCGAAUAGACAAUUUGAGAGAACACCUAGGAGAUGAAUUUACUGUAAAAAACUUCUUAUCGGCUGUAAAUAAAUUUCUACAGAGCAAUUCCGAGGAAUUCAAGUGCGAUGGUGAAUUUUAUGCUAUAGAAAAUGAUGUGUUGAUACCGAAAACAUUUUUAAAAACGUUGUUUAAAUGUAGAAGAUGUUUUCCUCAAUCGAUCGAAAAUAAAUUGAUUUGAAGAAAUUGUAUUCAUUUUUUUAAUAGAUUAAUAAAGGAGUAGAUUUUCACCUUGAAUUCUCGCUCCUUUUCUAUUACACCAUUAUACGUUAAUCUCUUACAAAUUAAUUUACAAUAGGAAAAAAUGUAACACCGAACAGCUCCGAGUAGAUUUGGUAAACAAUCGAUCACUUUAUUUCAAUUUAUUCGUAUUACAACUAGUUGACCUUUGCUACAUCUUCUUGAAAUAAGUCAUCUCUCCCUUAUACUUUGUUCAAUUAAAUCAAUUUUUUUCUCUCAAAAAAAAACGAUGUAAAAUUUAUUAGUAUAUUUUAUUUUAUAUAAUACAUAUCAAUAACACAUUUUAAGUACAUUAUUUUGUUACGAAUGGAAUAUACAAUUAUCCAAAAAAUAAAUUAAGAGUAGUAUAAAGUCGCAAACUCAUCAGCAUCAGUUGAAUUGACGGGCGUUAAAAAUAUUUGCCCCUCGAAGUUCUGGCAAUCAAACUUAUUCUCCAAUUUCUACAAAGUAAUUUUUCAAGUAAAAUAAUUUUCGAAUCAAAACAUUCCUUACGUUAUUCUUUUUAUGCGCUAUGCAGAAAGUGCACACUUGAUGUCUACCCUCUUUCACGAAACUUAAGCAGGGUUGUUCAAUUGGACCUAUACGAGAUGUAUUUAUUAAAUUUUGUAUUAAUCUAGAUUAAUUAUGAAGAUAAAAUACCUGCUAUUAAUUGUGUUCCCAAAUGCGAAAUGUAGCUCGAAGCCAGCCGAAGUGUUUCUAUUUUACUUAAUUUUCUAUCUUUCGGUUCUGUGGGAAUGAGUGUUCUCAACGUUGAGAAAGCUAUAUUUACGCUAAAAGUAAAUAAAUAAAACUCACCCUGUAUAAAAAAUGACUCUUUGAUGUAUUAAUAUACCAUUCUGUAUAAUUCUUUAUAUAAAAUACCUGUGCGUUCUGUCCCUCUCCCUGGCAUUGGCUUGAUUCCUCUGCUUGACCGAUAUAACAAAGUCGCCCUCGAAGUUGUACGAUUUUCGGCGUUUUUCCUUCGAAGAUCUGGGGAAUCUCGAAUCGCCCAUCGUUCCCGAAAACUGCAAAAAUUCCAUCAUUCCACCGACACCCCGGUCAACGGCUCUCCUAAUUAAUUAACGCCAAUUAACCUAAUUGGAGCGCGCUACGCGGAUCGCUCUCGCCGGCCGAUUGAACACAAACGUUUGAACAAAAAUAUUAUUCGGGAUGGAGCGCGAAGAGAUGAAAAAGAGGCAGAUUCUCGUUUGAUCUGCGGGCUUAGUGCGGUCACCCGAUUCGAAUAAUUUACACGAAUUUUCGCGAGAGAUAAUCAAGUGAUUGGAGACUAUUAUUGUACUGUUUAUAAGAUAAUGAAAUAUAAUGAACAGCUCGUUUGAGUCUGUAAAUGUAAACAAGUAGAUAUAGCCAAUGAAUUAAUUUUUGUAAGCUCCCCUACUAAUAAGAUCGAGCAACAAGUGUAUUCUGAAGGCAUGCUGAAGCAAUUAGUCAAUUUCGAUGAUUUUAACAGAUGCUACUGGAUACGCCUACGCAUCGAUGAAAUAUCGUGCGAUGUAGGAAGUGAUUUACUCUGUUUUGUUUUUAUUGUAAACCAAACGUUUGAGGGUUGUUUUCGGUUCCUGCCAAUGCAAGGUCAUUUUUU